UGGUCAGAACAAAUAUAUACAAUCAAUUAUACGUGUCAAUGUUAUGUCACGUUAUUUUAAACGUCAAAAAUCGCUGCCAACUUAGCUUGGUCUGACUAGUACUUUCUCACUUAAAUAAUAAAUAGUUAUUAGGGGACAUCUCAUACAUGAUCAACCUAGCCAAAAAAUAUAAUACUCACUAGGAACCUAGCCCCCAAACCACACAUUGUUUAGGGUGACUCAUUGAGGUAUAGUACGGUAACUUGCUCAGGGCCGGAUUUAGGGGAGCGCAACCGGAGCUACAGCCCCGGGGCCUCCACAAAAGAGGGGCCCCCACAAUAGACUUCGGAAAUUUUACCAUUUCAUUUGGCCAGGGGGCCUCAACUCCAUUAUUGCCCGACGCCUCCAGACCUCUAAAUCCGGCAUUGGACUUGCUCAUCAGUUAACCACCCUUUUUUGGGGUGCCCAUAUCUUGAAAAUUAAAAAAAGGCCGCAUCUCGCAUCAAGGUCGAACAUGUGGGCAAGUUAGAUCAAUGAUAAAGAAACCAUGCUUAAAAUGCGAAAAUAAUGCAAAUUUAUAUAAAGAUGAAGUGUGCUGUACAAUUAAUUCUACACGCCUAGACUCCUUAACUCAAAACAUCUUUUUAAUUUAAGAUUAGUAGUUAAGUUUUUUGGUAUGAAAUAAACAGAUUAAUAUUAUUAUUUUUUUAUCUAUCAUAUGCCCCAAUGUAUUGCAUGCGAUUACGAGAUGCGACCCUGUAGACCAAUUAGGUAUAAUUAUCCUACCGACAACGCCAAUUUCCGUUCGAACAUAAAUAAUUAUGAUGGGGUGAUAAAACCAAAACCGCUUGGAGAACAUACGCUUUGGGGUUGUCGUUGAGAUUCAAGAUUGCGAAGACGUCUCGAGAAUAUUUUUUUGUGUUUUGCUCAUUUAUGUUGUUCAAAGUGUAGUUGAUAGCUUAUUAUGCAGUGAACUAUCGUGGAAGUGUGCAGCUAAUGAAAAACUAAUCUUGAAACGCGUUUAACCAUGUUUUAAUCAACAUCCGGCAAACCAUCGUGGCUUUUAGUAAAGUCCAGCUAUCUCUUUACUAAAAAGCAACUACCGAACAACGUCAUGCUCUACGAGCACACUUAAAACUUACAACGAAACUUGACAUCAACUUGACAUUGGCAAAAUCAUCAUAGAUUUGAUGGAAGCCAUAUUUUAAAAGAAGAAGAAGAACAUACGCUUUUUGAUCGUAUAACAUAGAGACAUAGACAUGUUUAUUUUUCUAGGACCAUAGAGCAACUUAUGUAGGUGUAGGCACUUCAUACUUCAUAUGACAUAUCCCACAUACAUCAUUAAUAUGUAAAUAGAGUGCAUACAUUUUAAUUUAAUCAAUUCAAUAAUGUAAUAUUUUAGAGAGUGUCAUGUUAUUUUAGAUAUUACAUUUUAUUUUAUAGGUAAAUAAAAGUCAACCUUUCCAAAUUAUUGUUCUAAAAUGCUGAGAAAAUUAAAGAAAAUAGCAAUACUUUUAAUUAUUACAAGUUUUUGGAUUGAUCCGAGUUUACAAAUAAAAAGAAUGACAAAAAGAAGAAUACUUUACAAUCCAAUGGAAUAUCGGUUUAUAAAAAAAUAUAUAAUAUCGCCUUCCGAAAGGUUAUGUCAAAAAAGCCCAUUAUUUAUAAUCAUGAUAGUGACGUCGUACGUCGGUGAUUUUGAGCUACGAGAUAUGUUCCGCAAAGGUAUGCCACGAGAAAAGCUAGAGUCAAUGAAUACCACGAGAAUUUUUUUAUUAGCGGAAAUUCCACCUGGUGAAAAGAAUAUUACCCAGAAUCGAAUAGAAGAGGAAAACGAAAAUUUCCACGACAUUCUCCAAGGCGCAUUUACAGAAAGCUACCGCAACUUAACGAUAAAACAUUUAAUGGGCUUACAAUGGGUCACGACGAAGUGCCCUAACGCGUCCUACAUACUCAAAGUUGACGAUGACACUGUAUUUAAUUUCGAAAAAAUAUUUAACAUUUUAACAAAAAAUACAAUCAAGAAAGAUUUUCUUAUGGGCUAUGUGCUAAAGAAUGCACAACCUAGAAGAGACAAUACGAAUAAAUGGUAUGUGUCUUUGGAAGAAUAUCCAAAGAAGAAAUAUCCGACAUAUGUGUCAGGCUGGUAUUACGUGACUACCCCUGCAGUAGCAGCAAAACUAAUAAAUGAAGCCAAGUACCAUCCAUACUUUUGGGUGGACGACGUUCUGGUCACAGGCAUUUUAAUUGGCGCUCUGAACAUCAGAAUUAUUCAAAUGCCCGAUGAGUUCUGGUUUGAGUAUAUGCUAAACUUUAUGAUUCAUACUAACAAUAGUAUUUUAUACAAUCGUGAUAUAAUAGAGAGCUUUUUAGUCGAGUAUCGGGUUUAGGCAACGAGGCUUACUGAGUUGCCUAAGUAAGGUACGAGAUUGAAAAGCUUGAUUACUGUAUCACUAUUGUAUACAAUACUUUUUCUACGAGUCAACAAAAUAAUACUUUAAACUAAAAAACUAGAAUCAUAUAGGUAAACAAACUAAAAGUACUAUUUAAGAUACGCGAGUAGCCGCGAUAGCCACUCGUACGCGCCCCGGCCGCCGGGGCCCGGUGGGUUGGUCAGCGACACCUUCUUGUAACUCAUGAGGCUCUGGUACUUGCUCCUUGCUAAAUUCAAGUUUUAGACUGUUUUUUUCUUGAUUUUGGCCACCGUAGCCUAUGGAUACUAACAAGCUACGCUAAGCGGUUUUCGUAUGGAUGUUGCUAUAUUAAGGAUGUCACAUGUGCGUUUAUGACUUAUGAAGCAAUUGUUUCUAUUAUACAACCUAAAAUAAAUAAUUAAUUUGAGC